CGACUCCCAACGCGCGCGUGCACCUCAUUGUCGACGGUAUUCACGACUGCUACGCCAGCACAACUGCUUUGUUGAGAGAUUAUUUCAAUUUCUGUCCCCAAUUUUUUGUUUGGGUCGUUCAGAAUGUCGUUGAUGUACGGGAAGGAGAAAGACGCGGACCAUGAGAUAGACAAUUCCUCGCACCCCGGAUUUAUUUCAUUCUUUGCCAAGCUCCCACCGAAGUCGCCCGAGAACGGCACACUGCGCCUCUUCUUCCGCGGCGAGUGGUACUCCGCCCACGGGCCCGACGCGCUCUACGUGGCGACGCAUCUCUUCCGGACGAACACCGUCCUGAAGUACCUGGGACCCGGCGGGAAGCACGGCCUCCCGAGCGUGACACUUAAUGAAGGGCAGGCGAAGUCGUUCUUAAGGGAGGCGCUCACGGCGAGGCAGCUGAAGGUGGAGAUUUGGGCGCCGGAGGCGGGCCAGGGGAAGAAGGCGACGAAGUUCAAGCUGGACAAGGAGGCGUCACCAGGGAACCUGCAGGCAGUUGAGGACCUGUUGUUCGUGAACACCGACAUCCUCUCCGCGCCCAUCGUUAUGGCCAUCAAAAUCACGUCCUCACCUAUGGCUCAGGGCGAGCCAUCCAAGGCACGGACCAAAACGAUCGGCAUUGCGUACGCAGACACAAGUACGCGCGAGAUCGGUGUCGCUGACUUCGUGGACAAUGACCUCUACUCAAACGUCGAGACACUGAUCAUCCAGCUCUCGGUCAAGGAGGCGUUGAUACCAACAGGGACGAUCAAAAACAAUUCAGAGCGAGACUUUGAGCUAAAGAAGCUGAAGGAGGUGUUGGACCGCUGUGGGGUGGUCAUUACAGAACGGAAACCCAGCGACUUUACUGCGAAGAACAUCAAGGAGGACAUGGUCCGUCUGCUCAGCCCGAGCUCCAUGCCUUCGACGUCAAGCGCCGACGCAGGGGUUGUCAUACCCGAGCUCUCGCUCCCCGCCGCGCCCUCCGCCCUAUCCGCCCUCGUCUCAUACCUCUCCCUUCUCUCUGACCCAUCGAACCACGGCACGUUCAGCAUCCGCAUACACGACUUGUCCCAGUUCAUGCGGCUCGACGCGAGCGCGCUGCGUGCGCUCAACCUCACUGAGGCUCCCGGAAACAUUGGCUCGAACAAGAACACGACGCUGUUUGGGCUGCUCAAUAAGUGCAAGACCGCCCAGGGGUCGAGGCUGUUGGGAAGCUGGUUGAAGCAGCCGCUUGUCAACUUGCAUGAAAUUCGGAAGAGACAGAACCUGGUCGAGUCCUUCAUCGAUGACGCCAAUGCACGCAGGAUCCUACAGGAUGACUACCUGAAGAUGAUGCCGGAUAUGCAUCGUAUAUGCAAGAGGUUCCAGAAGUCUGUGGCCUCUCUAGAAGACGUGGUACGAAUAUAUCAGGCUAUCCUGAAGCUGGAAGGCUUCAUCACCACCCUCGAGAGCGUCGACACGUCGAACGACGAGUAUAAGACGCUUCUCGAAGAGACCUACCUCACCAAGCUGAAGGAGUUUAAUGACAGCCUGUCAAAGUACGCGGAGAUGGUCGAGCAGACGCUCGACCUCGACGAGCUCGAGAACCACAACUUCGUCAUCAAGCCCGACUACGACGCGCGGCUGCAGGCGCUCGCAGAAAAGUUGAAGGAUGUACGCGACGGCCUCGACGAGCAGCACAAGAAGGCGGGGCGUGAUCUCGGGCUCAACCUCGAUAAGAAGCUGCACCUGGAGAACUCGCAGGUCUAUGGGUAUGUCUUCCGGGUGCCGAAAGGCGAUUCGAAAGUGGUCACGGGCAACAAGGGGUACUUUGAGCUGGGCGUCACGAAGGGCGGCGUCUUCUUCACGUCGAAGGCGCUGAAGGAGCUUGCGACCGAGUAUCAGGAAACGACGGAGCAGUACCAGAAGACGCAAAGCGGGCUCGUCAAGGAGGUCGUCAACAUUGCGUCGACAUAUGCUCCCGUGCUGGAGUCGUGGAACAACGUACUUGCGCAUCUGGAUGUGAUCGUGAGCUUUGCACACGUGGCGGUCAAUGCUCCGGAGGCGUACGUGAAGCCGACGAUGCAAGAAAAAGGAGCUGGUAGUCUGGUCCUCAAAGACGCUCGGCAUCCAUGCCUCGAGGUUCAGGAUGAUAUGAGUUUUAUCCCGAAUGAUAUCGAGAUGAUCAAGAGUGAGAGCGAGUUCCAGAUCAUUACCGGACCUAACAUGGGCGGCAAGAGCACAUACAUCCGACAGGCCGGGUUGAUUGCCCUCAUGGCACAGACCGGCUGCUUCGUGCCGUGCUCAGAGGCCAGCAUACCUGUCUUUGACUCCAUCCUCUGCCGAGUGGGAGCGGGCGAUAGUCAGCUCAAGGGUAUCUCAACGUUCAUGGCAGAAAUGCUUGAGACUGCUACAAUCCUUCGGUCUGCGUCGAAGGAUUCCUUGAUUAUCAUCGACGAGCUGGGUCGAGGUACCUCAACGUACGAUGGCUUUGGUCUUGCAUGGGCUAUCUCAGAACACAUCGCGUCCGAGAUACAUGCAUUUUGCUUGUUCGCUACCCACUUCCAUGAGCUCACCGCCCUAGACCAGCAAAUACCCCACGUCAAGAACCUCCAUGUAGUCGCUCACGUCUCGAAGGCAGACGAAGGGACCCGAGAUCGCGAUAUUACAUUGCUGUACCAAGUUAAACCCGGUGUCUGCGACCAAAGCUUCGGUAUUCACGUCGCUGAGCUCGCGAACUUUCCAGAGAAUGUCGUUAAGCUCGCGAAACGGAAGGCGGAUGAGUUGGAGGACUUCAAUACUGAAGACAAGCACGGAGAGCCCGAACUGCCCGCUGAGGUCGUGGAGGAAGGCACCAAGAUCAUUGAGGAGUUGCUUCGAACAUGGGCCGCCAGCACGUCCCGGGAUGACGGUGAAGAUAUCGUCAUGGCCGAUGAUGACGAUGAUUCCAAUGCGGCUGCACAAUUGGCGGAACUCAAGAAGUGCUACGAGCGCUUCCAACCUCGGAUUGAGAGUAAUGCGUGGGUACAAAGUGUUUUCGCUUCGUUAAUAUAAUCAGAUACUCCCUGCUUCAUAUUGUAUCCCCGGUGCUGCUCUCUCGUCGCCUCUAUCACUAUUUCUUGCUAUCUCGCUGUCGAUAUGCUACGAUCAUGUUCAUGUGUACUGUAUACUCCCUACGGACUCUACAUCGUCGGCGGUAAUGCAACCGGAUUCACUGACCACUAAGUAUGUCUGUGAGUAGCACCUCUUCAGCAGAUUUUGACGUGACACAACAACC